GUAAGCGGCUGUAACCCGUAGCGACUGUGUGUGUUGCUGUUUUGAGAAGCUGCACGCGUUUACGGCGAUUUAAAGUUUAUUAUAUGUUUUAUCUAAUUAUAUAUUUUAUACAUCAACGCAAGAAAACUCUUACUGAGAGAUAUGAGCUCAAAGAGUUCAAUGAACAAUGAAGCCAAAAGUGUCAAGAGAAAAGCAGAUAAACCGAAUAAAAAAGAAAAGAAGCCUCCUCCAGAAGACGAUGCAUCAGAAUCACAGAGUCAUCCCGACCAUAUCUUCCCAUUGGUCUUGACCUCCGUCACACAGGAGAUGUUCGGCUGCCGGACGGAUGAAGACGUAACUGCGGAAAAUCCGUAUAAGCUGCUAAAAAAAGAGGACAUGGUCCAAGACCUGAAGACCAGAGCGGCCGUAUCCGACUUCAGUCCUGUCAAACACAGAGUAUUGGAAUACCCUGAAGAUGAACUGCUGCUGGUGUUUGACAGGGACUUCACAUUUGGCCAGAGUUUUUAUCUGGUGCUCACAGUAGAGGCCAAAGAAAACAUACUGAAGCCCCCAAUACAGAGUUAUGAUGAGGAGCUGAUAGAUGAUGAAGAGGACGAGGAGAUGAUGGUGCCAAAAACUCCAGAGUCUCAUCCGUGGAUCUCUCUAGGAAGUGAGCAGGAGAUUGAGGAAGAGUCGGUCAUGGACACCAGACCCAAACUCAGGUAUAAGAUCGCUCGUAGCCUUCGAGACUUCGGUGCUCCUGUGUGUUUCUCUGACCGCAGUGCUCAUGAUGGAUACGUGGAGUGUCUGUCAUACCAGGACAAGAGUUUUAGUAUCACAGCGCUGGAGAGACACACAGCCAUUCAAUCCACACACGACACCAGAGACUCUUCCACGCAGACACUGUGGAAAUACCCAAAGAACACGUGGACUCAAUAUGAACCCAGAGAGUUCAGUCCUGAGGAGAAAAAACAUCAUCUGGAGUCAGAAAACCUGAAGAACUUCAUCUCAUCUGUGAUGAUCAGGUAUGAAUUGGCCCUGCAGCAGAAUUAUAUCAUGGAUGUGUUUUCGGAUGACUGGGCGACUCUCUGUGAGGAUGACAGCGUACCGAUGGGAAAAACAGAGAUUCAUCUGAAGGAAUAUCAGUCCUUUACAGAUCUGAACCUGUGUAGAGAGAAGAGCAUCAGUCAAAUUCAGUGGCACCCCAGCAUCAGCGGUGUAAUCGCUGUAGCCAUGACUGAGAGAUUAUCUCUGGAGGAACGCAUCGAUAACUCCACUAAACUCCUGUUAAACCCAUCAUACAUCCUCUUCUGGAGCUUCUCUGACCCUAUAAAUCCACAAUUGCAGUUGGAGUGUCCAGAUGAUGUUUUGAGCUUUCAGUUCUGUCCAUCUGAUCCAAACAUCAUCGCUGCUGGAUGUAUUAAUGGACAGAUAGUAUUAUGGGAUGUCUCAGCACAUGUAGAAAAGCUACAGGACACACGCAGUGAUGGCAAAAACAUCUCUCAUACAGCAAACAAGAAGAAUAAGAUUCCAGUGGUUCAGUUCUGUGCUCUGUCUGCUGUAGAGAAUCAACACAAAGCACCCAUCACAGAUAUCCAGUGGCUGCCUGAAACCUUUGAGGUGUCCAGAUUAGGGAUUCCAGUAGAGAAUUUAAGUCAUCAGUCUGUUCAGAUUGUGACCUGCGCUCCUGACUGUUGUGUGUUGUUCUGGGAUAUACGGGCUCCUCGUGUCGUGUCACAGUCUCUCACUGAUAUGAAAAAGAAAUCAGAGGAAAAGCUGUUGGAAAAUCCUCACGGUGUUCCCAACACCUUUAAACAUCUCAACCUGACAUGGAAACCAUUCAUCCGAGUUUCAUUACCAAAGAUCGACACCAGCGGUGAAUACAGUCCCAUUAAAUUCAGUUUGAGAGACAAUUCAGUUGACUACCCGACAGGAGAGAAACCAGCACAGAACGCAGGUCAUGAAGAAGGUUCUGGAUUGGGAGAACUGCGUGUGCCUUCAGCCAAACAACAGAAACCACUGGAGAACAUCAGCACUAAACUCUAUGUGGGUACAGAGGAUGGAGAACUCAUUUACACCGACUGGAAGAUGGAGAAAGACAACGAUUCAGGCCGACUGUACAGUGCCAAACCCACUCAUCGAUUCAUCUUACACAAUACUGUGGUUAACACCGUUAGCCGCUCGCCAUUUUUCAACGAUAUCAUCCUGACGGUGGGAAGUUGGAGUUUUGCCAUCUUUAAAGAAGGACUGACGAAUGGUCCAAUCCUCCAGUCGGCCUGUUCUCAGAUCAUGUAUACUGUGGGUCAUUGGUCUCUGUCUCGACCGGCCGUCUUCUUCAUCGGGAGAGAGGAUGGAAAUAUUGAGGUGUGGGAUCUGCUGGAAAAAUCUCAUGAAGCGUCAUUAACCCAGACCAUCAGCGCUGCCUCCAUCACCAGCAUCAAACCCAGGAGUAUUUCAUUGAAGCAGCAUUUUCUGGCUGUAUCAGAUCAUUGUGGCGUGCUGCACAUCCUGCAGAUUCCCUGGACUCUCCGCAGAUCAUCUACCAAUGAGAGAGCGACUGUCAGAAAAUACUUUGAGAUGGAAGAGGAACGACUGAACUACAUUGAGAAACGUCAAAUCAGACAUGAGAAAGAAAAGAAAGAGAUGGAUGCUGAGGAAGAGAGGAAGAGAAAGGAGACAGUAAAGCCACCAAAACAGGAGGAAGAAAUAAAUGCAGAAGGUCAGAGAGAAUAUGAAGAAUAUGUGGAUCUAGAGAAGAUCAUCCUGAAGAACAUCAACCUUCUGAUAGGAGCCAAUAACACAACAGACCAGUAACACAUUCACAAACAUUCACUACAACUACAAGUUCUGUCUACACUCUUAAAAGUCUUUAAAGGGACACUCCACUUUUUUUAAAUAUGCUCAUUUUCCAGCUCCCCUAGAGUUAAACAUUUGAUUUUUACCCUUUUG